GCUCCCCGGGCAGUCCCGGAGGCAGUGGAUUGUGGUUCCGGUUCCGCCGCGGAGACACGUGAAGGUCGGCGAGUUGGUGCGGAGUUUGUCUCGGCACGCGUGGCCGCGCUGGGAUGGAGUCUUCCUCGUCUUCCUCCGCAGCGGGUUUGGGCUCGGUCGACCCGCAGCUGCAGCAUUUCAUCGAGGUAGAGACUCAGAAGCAGCGCUUCCAGCAGCUGGUGCACCAGAUGACGGAACUUUGUUGGGAAAAGUGCAUGGACAAGCCUGGGCCAAAGUUGGACAGUCGGGCUGAGGCCUGUUUUGUGAACUGCGUUGAGCGCUUCAUUGAUACAAGCCAAUUCAUCUUGAAUCGACUGGAACAGACCCAGAAAUCCAAGCCAGUCUUCUCAGAAAGCCUUUCUGACUGACCUGAGUAUUACCUCUCUGGAAAAGGAAGGUAGUUCAAGAAAUGAAGAGCAGUUGAUGGGAUGGUUGAAGAAAAGGCUGUGGGGGGAUCGGCUCCCACCUUUGUCACUCUUGGGACAUCCUGUCAUCUGAGAAUGAACAAAGACCAAUUUUUGUGUGUGUGGGUGGUUUGAGGGUCAAAUGUGUUUGGGGUUGUGUUUUUUAAUGCUAAUCUUGGGGAAACAAUUGACAGAUGAAUGGAAAACUCUGCUAGAUGUAUGUUACUGUAUGUGGGACGAUGCUUUCCUCAUAGUCCCAUUAACUGCUUCCUAUAAUUUUAAUAGUGGAGCUGCUCUAUAAUUUGACAGUGGGACCACAUAGGUGAUAAUCUGUUAUUUGUGUGGAUUCCUUUCAGAUUUCUGGAGAGAUCGAUAUACAUCUUUGUGUCUCUCAGAAAGGGCAGCAGUGGGGGAAAGAGUAAUUUGGUACUUGACUGUAGGCCUCCUUAUCUAGUGUUUGAUUAUCAGUGCUGGAAAAAAAAUGUAUGGAGUAUUCAUACAGUACAUUUCACCUUUCUAGAUUAUCUCCCUCCCUUAUACUGUGAUUCACUUAAAUAUCUAUAUAUAAAGUACAGUCUUGAGCUAGUACAGGUAGCCUGAGAGUCUAGAGGCCUUUAGUUAAAGGAAUCUAGCCAGCGAACAUAAUUCUCAUACUAAACUGCCACAAGGAAGAAGUUAACUUACCCUGUAUGUCAGGGUCCAAAAAAAUUUAAAGAUGUGCCUAAAUGAAAAAAUAAGUUAUAAAGAUUUAGGCCAGUCAAAAACUAACAGCAGUUUCAGGUAGAGGUGCAUGCCUAAUGUAAACCAGCAUAGUUUCCAUUUACUGCGUUCUUUUAAUCACUGAAAUAAAAGCUUCUACAAGAUUCAA